AGACACGGUACACUAUGUUUUCUCCUGCGGGAUGAAAGAAGAGCUCCUACUGGGUCAGGCCAGGGGUCGAGGUUGGAGCAGUUUCCCGUGUCUCUUUUCACUGCAGCUGGCUGAGGAUUUUACAACCUAGAACGUGACAACAAGUGUUUGCGUUACCCCUGGGGACACUGGCAGAAGGAAGCUGACGAAGAGGAGGGAAAGUUGCUCAAAUAGGAGACCAAACAGUAACGAGCCAGAGAAGAGAAGCAGGACACGUCACAGCUUCAAUAACAGACAGUAAUCGCCAGACUUGCAGAGACUGGAGCAGAGGGAGCACAUUGGGGUUACACAGCCCAGCGUGUACAGCAGUACUAUGGGCAAGGAGGACAACGGAUAUGGGUCUCGGAGAGACGGCGAUGACCCUGAAACAGACACUGACACUGGAAGCUUCAGCCAACACACUGGUAACUCGACUGACGACAACUCACUCCAGCUCGAAUCCCCUUUUCUCGAUGACAAUGCUGUCAGUGCUGACGAUGAUGGAGUGAAGAAGAGUCAUGAAGGAAGGGACUACGAUGACAAAGAGGGACACCUGGUCUAUCACGUUGGUCUUGUGAUGAAAGGAAGAUAUGAGAUAAUACUUACUCUAGGUGAAGGAGCCUUUGGAAAAGUGGUGGAGUGUAUUGAUAGAGACAAACAGGAGCAUGUGGCUGUGAAGAUUGUGAGGAACAUUGAGUGUUUCCGUGAAGUUGCCAAGUCUGAGAUCGCAGUGCUGGAAGAGAUCAACAGCCUGGAUGAUGACAACAGAUUUGCCUGCGUACGGAUGUUGGACUGGUUCGACCAUGAGGGUCACAUCUGCAUCGUGAUGGAGCUGCUCGGCAUCAGCACCUUCGAGUUCCUCAGACAGAACCACUUCCUGCCAUUCAACGUGGAGCAGAUCAGGCACAUGGCCUUCCAGCUCUUCAGAGCCGUCUGCUUCCUGCAUCGUAACAAGCUGACCCACACGGACCUGAAGCCAGAGAACAUCCUGUUUGUCUGCUCCGACUAUGACCUGGAGUACAACAACGAGACGAAGUCUAAGAAGAAAAAACCAAGGAGUCUGGAUGUGAAGGUGGUGGAUUUUGGCACUGCAACAUUUGAUCAUGAACACCAUGAAUCCCUGGUGUCAACACGCCACUACCGAGCUCCAGAGGUCAUACUGGAUUUGGGCUGGAACCAGUCGUGUGACGUUUGGAGUCUGGGCUGCGUUCUGAUGGAGUUUUACUUGGGACGCACACUCUUCCCGACUCACGACAGUAAAGAACAUCUGGCCAUGAUGGAGAAGACUCUGGGGCCGAUUCCCCCUCAUCUGCUGAAAAAGACCAGAAAGCAGCAUUACGUGCACAACGAGCGUCUGAACUGGGAUGAGCAGAGCUCCUCUAAUGAUAACAUCAGGGCAAACUGUCAACCUCUCCAGCAGCACAUGCUCAGGUGCAGCGAGGACGAAAGGCAGUUGUUCGACCUGCUCGGCUGCAUGUUGGAGUACGACGUCUACAGACGGAUCACCCUGGAGGAGGCGCUGUGGCACCCGUUCUUUAGCCCGCUGAGGGCGCAGAAGCAGCGCAGCUAACACACACAUGCACACACACACACACACACACACACACAACAUACAGUAUACCUCAGACUGUAAUGUAACUGUUUGGGUUUGUAGUUCUGCGUUGAUGAGUUGGAUGAUUUUGUGUUUUAUACA